AUGCCUCUUGAUGAAGGUUCUGGAACCGCAACGCAAGACCUAUCCGCAAACGGUUUUGAAGGUGAAGUGAUGGGCGGUGCGACAUGGAUUGACGGACAGUUCGGGAAGGCACUCCAAUUUGCGGCUGCCGCAGAUCAUGUCGUCGUUGAAGACGAUACCGCCUUUCAUAUUGAAGGCGCGAUCACACAAGCCGCCUGGGUGCAGUUGGACAAACUGCCAAGCGCACACGCCAUCAUCUGCGGCACUCGGGCGAGUGGUGCAACUCGGCAUAUCGGUUUCGGUUUCGGUAUGAAUCCAGCGAACGGUAUCAAAAUCUGGACCAACGGUGCAGCCGGUGGAUUCAAGGACAUCAACGAUAACGAAACAGCAUUAGAGACAGGCAAAUGGUAUUAUCUCGCCUAUACCCAUACAGACGAUAGCAACGGCUUAGUAGAGAUCUACUUGGAUGGCGAGGUAACGCACUCGGAGGAAUCGGGAAAUCCUGUUGCUCCUGCUGCAAAUACGAGUGCGGUGACUAUCGGCACUUGGGGCGGUGAAGCGUGGACAGGGAGCGUUGAUGAGGUUCGGCUCUGGAAUCGCGCCCUCUCAGCAGACGAGAUUAAAGCGAGCAUGAACCAAGACGCCGAAUCAUUCCUGACCCCGGUAGAGCCUCAAGGCAAACUCGCCACGUCCUGGGCGAACAUUAAGUCGAACAGUGCUUUGUGCCAACCGCACCCACCGGUGACUAUUGCCUUUGCUUCGGACGUGAGCGGUGAUUGGGAAAUCUACCUGACAGAUACAACCGGCAAACGCCCGGUGAAUCUUACACACAAUCCGGCUGCGGAUUAUUAUCCGACGUGGGCACCUGAUGGAGCUCAGAUCGCUUUCUUCUCUCGGCGCGAUGGGAAUCAUGAAAUUUAUGUGAUGCAGGCUGAUGGAACCAAUCAGCGACGCUUAACACAUCACCCGGCGACAGAUAAGGCUCCUGCAUGGGCACCCGAUGGUAAGCGUCUUGCUUUCACGUCAAAUCGCGAUGGGCAUUUCAACAUUUACCUGCUCCAUCUCGAUAACGGCGAGGUGACCCACCUCACCGAUAAUCCAUUUCAAGAUGAAGUCCCUUCGUGGGCACCCGAUGGAAAUACCUUAGUUUUCCACUCAAAACGGGAACUUAACUGGGAUAUUUACGUGAUUGAUGUAGACAGUCGGGUGGAACAGCGGUUGACACAUCAACCACUGAUGGACAUCUAUCCGGCUUGGUCACCUGACGGCACACAGAUUGUAUAUGCCGCCAUGCACCGAGAGGUAGAACUCGCCGAUUUCGACUUGUACAUUAUGGAUGCCAUUGAUGGUGGGAACAAACAAGCACUCACCGACACGCCAACUGAUGAAGCAGUUCCUGCUUGGUCCCCUAAUGGCAAAACACUUGCUUUUCAAUUUGAGAAGGACGGCAGAUGGGUUAUCCACCUGAUGCAUGCCGAUGGGAGUGAACGGCGUGAAUUGAUUGACAACGGGGCAUGGGCAGCACAACCGAAAUGGUUCAGCAACUCGGAUGUCCUGCCUAUAGAACCGUCAACAUUACAGAUUCAGCAAUGGGGCAAAAUUCGAGUCCCAUAG